UGCAUCGCUUCCGUGACCUUUGGACACGCUUUUGCCUUUGUUGCCAUGUUCUAGCUAGUCUAUCUCUUUGUAUCUCACAGUUUGUCGAAGAGGAACACCCACCAGUAUCAAACAUAGCCACUCUUUGGCCUCGUUGUCGAACAGGACCUCGCUUCUCCUUUCAGAUUCCAUUGAUCGUUCUCUUCAGAACUGGAUUGAGUUGAUUGAAGAUUCCACCACUUCACAUCAACAACCAUCAUGUCUUGGAAGACAAGAUUCGUCACACAAUUCCCAGCCAAGGUCCCUUUGAUGGCAGCGCCAAUGGCGGGUGUAUCCGGUGGCGAGUUGGCCUCGGAGGCUUGCCGUGCUGGUGCCUUGGGCUUUAUUGCUGCUGGCCACAUGACAACCGAUAGUCGCCUUCAAGAGCUCGAGGCAGAAAUUGCCAUCUUUCGUGCCAAGGCAACCAAGGAAGCCCCCUUGUGCAUUGGGUGGAUUGGGUUUUCGUCCUUUCACACUGAGCAAGGCUUUGACAUCUAUGAACGCAUUUUGAAGCAGCAAAAGCCUGCUGUGGUUCAGUUCUUUGCGCCGGCUAUCAGUUAUCAUCCGACCACCGGGAAGAGUAACGUGGAAAUUGCAAAGGAAAUUGGGAACACAAAGGUCUUAUUGCAAGUCGGAAAUGUUAAGGAAGGCGAAGAAGCCAUUGCCGCCGGAGCUGAUGGUAUCAUUGCCCAAGGGAGUGAAGGAGGAGGACAUGGCUUGCGUCGAGAGGUUGGAAAUGGGACGCUGCCAUUGGCAGCCCGCAUGGUGAAACUUGCAGCUGCAGCGCCUCAUAAGCCGCUGGUAUUGGCAGCCGGCGGGAUUGCAGAUGGCCGCGGCGUUGCGGCGGCACUGGCGUUGGGUUGUGAUGCUGCCGUGCUGGGCACGAGGCUUUGGGCCUCCAAAGAAGCGUUGAACAAGGAUGUGCUCAAGCAACAAUUGGUGGUCACAAAGAGCGGUGAUGGUGUCCAUCGUACCCGUGUUUUCGAUCAGAUACAAAACGUGUACUUGAACCCUCCAUGGCCAGAACCAUAUGACUCUUGUGGAGCACUACGAAAUGAGCUUAGUGAAGCCUGGGAUGGAAAACCCAGUGAACUAGCCGCAGAACUGUCCAGAGAGGGAAGUACGGUGGUGGAGGAGUACAAGGCAGCCUCGAAAAAGGGCGAUCAUUCGCAGGCGCAAGUGCUGGCAGGGGAAGGAGUUGGCGAGAUCGAAUCUAUUGAUGCUGCCUACGAAAUCCUAAUGCAGGUCGACAAGGAGGCCCGAGAGGUCAUUGCCAAUCUGCCCAAACUACUUUGAAAAGCAUGCCAAGCAUAAAAAAACACGCUGCUGAGCAAACUGCAUUUGAUUGUAGAAUACAAAUCCAUCAUCCGCGCCCACCAGCGAAUGGUCUAACUACUGAUAGAAUUUUCAGAGCCCCAGUAGAUUCUUAACCAGUUAGAUUGUUGUCCAUUUGCAGGGAACU